AUACUAUGGACGAUUAAACAGUAUAUCAUUUACACGUUGCACAAUAUAACUUAUCACUAUGUAAUAAUUUGUACAAUAAUAACAAUGAAAUAAUAUUGGUUAACAUUUGUAAUUGAAGUUCAAAAAUUCCAAUUAACAUGUAAAAAAAAAGAAAAUUAAAGAUGGGACUUUUAGAGGAUACGUGUGUGGUACUUGUAACACAGAUUUUAUUUUUUUUCGGAGGAUGGGUUUUCUUUGUUAAAAAAUUAUUCAGAGAUUAUGAAGUUCAUCACCGGCUAGUCCAAUUAAUUUUUUCAAUAACAUUUUCGUUGUCCUGCACUAUGUUUGAAUUAAUUAUUUUUGAAAUCAAAGGAAUACUUGAUUCUAGUUCUAGGUAUUUUCAUUGGUAUGUUGGACUUUAUAUGUUACUUUUUAUGGUCAUUGUACUAAUACCCUUUUACAUAGCACUUUUCAUUAUAAGAAAUAUAAGAUUUGUAAGACUGAAUUUAAGAACACCUUUAACUUUAUUUGUAUAUCUAUUCUAUUUAUAUCUUUUUUGGAAAAUUGGAGAUCCAUUUCCAAUUUUAAAUCCAAAGAAAGGCCUUCUUUCAAUAGAACAAGGAGUCAGUAGAAUAGGAGUAAUUGGAGUAACUGUGAUGGCUCUUUUAUCUGGAUUUGGUGCUGUUAAUUAUCCGUAUUCAUCAAUGGCUUGCUUCAUGAGGCCGGUUUCAUGCAGUGAUGUACAAGUAAUUGAAAAAAGGCUCUUACAAACUAUGGAUAUGAUCGUAGCUAAAAAAAAAAGAAUAGCAUUAGCCAAAAAAAGUGAUGUAAUGUCCAAAGCAGAGACGAGAUCUCGUCUUUGGGGAAUGUUAUCGCCUUUGACGAGUAUGACAGAACAUCGAGAAAAUGUUAAGAAACUUCAGCAAGAGGUUGCAGGGCUGGAAGAAUUAUCUCGUCAAUUAUUUCUAGAAGCUCAUGAUAUUCAAAAUGCCAGGGAACGAUUAGAAUGGGCUGCAACUUGGCAAGGGAAAUAUUUCAAUUUUCUUGGUUAUUUCUUCUCAAUUUAUUGCUUAUGGAAAAUAUUUAUUUCUACCAUAAAUAUUGUGUUUGAUCGUGUUGGUAAAAAAGAUCCUGUUACACGAGGAAUAGAAAUUGCAGUUCAUUGGAUUGGUUUUAAUAUUAAUGUGACUUUCUGGUCACAACAUAUAUCAUUUUUUUUAGUCGGCUGUAUUGUUGUUACAUCAAUACGAGGUUUAUUACUUACAUUAACUAAGUUCUUUUACGCUAUUUCUAGUAGUAAGUCUUCAAAUGUUAUUGUGCUCAUUCUUGCCCAAAUAAUGGGUAUGUAUUUCGUUUCAUCAGUACUUUUAAUGCGAAUGAAUAUGCCAGCAGAAUAUCGAAUAAUUGUCACACAAGUGUUGGGAGAUCUUCAAUUUAGUUUUUAUCAUCGCUGGUUUGAUGUUAUAUUUUUGGUCUCUGCCUUAUCAUCAAUAGUAUUUUUAUAUUUAGCACAUAAACAAGCGCCUAGUGAACGAUUAUAAACAGUCUAUACAUUUUUGAUAUAUGAAUUUUAU